AACGCGUAGCUCGCUCUCUCUCUCUCUCUCUCUCUCUCUCUCUCUCUCCCCGUUCGGAAGCCAUGAUCUCGCAGUUCUUCGUGCUGUCGCAGCGAGGCGACAACAUCGUCUUCCGCGACUAUCGUAGUGAAGUGCAAAAAGGGAGUGCAGAGAUAUUUUUUCGUAAAGUGAAGUUCUGGAAAGGGGAUGAAGUAGAGGAGGCACCACCUGUCUUUAAUGUGGAUGGUGUCAAUUACAUUCACGUGAAGGUUACUGGAUUGUUAUUUGUGGCAACUACAAGGGUUAAUGUUUCACCGUCACUUGUUUUGGAGCUUUUACAAAGGAUUGCACGUGUCAUCAAGGACUACCUUGGAGUUCUUAAUGAAGAUUCAUUGCGGAAAAAUUUUGUACUUGUGUAUGAAUUGCUUGAUGAAGUCAUUGACUUUGGAUAUCCACAAACAACAUCUACAGAGGUUUUGAAGUCUUAUGUAUUUAAUGAACCAAUAAUGGUUGAUGCUGCACGAAUGCCGCCGCUUGGCCCUGCUGCCAUGUUUAUGCAAGGCACCAAACGGAUGCCAGGUACGGCUGUUACCAAAUCUGUUGUAGCCAAUGAACCUGGUGGUAGGAAGCGGGAUGAAAUAUUUGUUGAUGUUAUUGAGAAAAUAAGUGUGACAUUUAGCUCUAGUGGUUAUGUACUCACUUCUGAGAUUGAUGGGACCAUUCAAAUGAAAAGUUACCUUAGUGGAAAUCCUGAAAUUCGUCUAGCCCUUAAUGAGGAUUUGAGCAUUGGCGGAAGCAGGGCUUCUGUCUAUGACUAUAGAAGUUCUGCUGGAGGAGGGGCCGUGAUACUUGAUGAUUGUAAUUUUCAUGAAUCUGUGCAUCUUGACAGUUUUGAUAUGGACAGAACGUUGACAUUGAUACCUCCAGAUGGAGAAUUUGCUGUAAUGAACUAUCGUAUGACUCAGGAAUUCAAGCCUCCUUUUCGUGUCAAUGCAUUGAUUGAAGAAGCAGGACCAUCAAAGGCUGAAGUCAUUCUUAAAGUACAUGCUGACUUCUCCCCAAGUGUCACUGCUAACACGAUUGCAGUACAGAUGCCAGUGCCAACUUAUACGACAAGGGUUAGUUUUGAGUUAGAACCUGGGGCAGUUGGACAGACGACUGAUUUUAAGGAAGGCAUGAAAAGACUUGAAUGGUGUCUAAAGAAGAUUGUUGGUGGGUCUGAACAUACAUUACGUGCAAAGCUCACAUUUUCUCUGGAGUCACAUGGAAAUCUCACAAGAGAAGCUGGGCCUGUAAACAUGAAUUUCAUAAUACCGAUGUACAAUGCGUCAAGGCUUCAGGUAAGAUAUCUGCUGAUAGCAAAGAAAUCCAAGACCUACCAUCCAUAUAGGUGGGUGAGAUAUGUCACACAAGCAAAUUCAUAUGUUGCUCGCUUAUGAGAAAUUGAUGGUUCUUUUCUCUUUAUUUAUCAUUUGCACUCGGUUGAAUGUAUCAGUAAGUCAUGAUAUAACCAAUCCUUUGUGUUACAUGUAUGAUCACUUUCAAUGAUCCGACAACAACAGGAAGCCCAUUCUGUACCUUAAAAAAGAAAAAAAAGUUGCAAACAAUUCUGGAUUGCACCAUCAUGUGUGCAUUUCCCUGGCUGUGUCA